GGCAGCAUGGCGGCGGCGGCGGGAAGCGAGGAGCCGAGCGGGGCCGGGAGCCCGGGCACCGGGGCCAAGGCCAUCGACACGAAGAGCCUCCUCAAGCAGAACCGCGAGUUCCUGGAUUUCUUCUGGGACAUCGCCAAGCCCGAGCAGGCCGUGCGGCUGCGGGCCGUGGAGGGGCUGCUCGCCUACCUCAGGAACCCGGGAAAGGAUGACGAGCUAAAAUACGCUCUCAAUCGGCUGAUCGAGGGGCUGGCAGCAACCCGAGAAAUUGCCCGACCUGGCUUCAGCCUGGCACUGGCACAGCUUCUCCAGUUCUUCGAGGAGAUCCCCCUGCAGACUGUGCUGGAGCAGAUUAAAGACAAACACAAUGUGCAGAAAGUCAAGAAGAAACUCAUCAGAAAUGCCGCGUUUGGAAAUCUCUUUGGCGUCUUGGCCCUUUCCCAGUCUGGGCGGCUUCCGAAGGAGCCGAAGGUUCUCCUGCAGUGUGUGCAGUUGUUGCAAAGCCUCGCUCAGUUUAAAGAUCACCUGCGGGAUCUCCCCAGGCAAACAAUAUUGGACAUUCUGUCUGAGACCCCAGAAGCUGUGUUCAAGAAUAUCCUGUUUGAGGCAUUGCAGUCUGACCUGUCAUCUGCGUUUAACACACCGGAGCAGCUUCACCUGCUGCUGGUUGCCAUUCAGCGCUUCCCCCAGGCUCUGAAGCCCACAAAACUGAAGGCUUUGCUUGGAUCCACUACCAUUGUGACAAGAGAAAACAUUCCCAAAUUGACGGAGAUGUUGAAAAUAGCUGCAAAGUCCAUGAAGAAGGCUAACGCACUGCCCGAGCUCGGGGCAGACUUGCUUCGCGUCGCCUUGAAAGAGGACGCUUUUGAGCUGUUCUGGAAGGACGUGGUGGAAACCCGGUUACUCCAGGACCAUUCUGGGCUGAACAGCUACUUGUGUUUCCGGUUGCUUGGCCACGCACUACCUUUGCUGACUCUCCCCCAACUCCAGCUCGUUCUCACGGGGCCUGUGAUGCAACACUAUGGGGAGCACGUGCUCAUAGCUCAGCUUCCAGGCCGGUUCAAGUUCGCCUCAGAGAUGGAGAGGAACUUGGACUCCUUCUUUGACAGUGUGACGGACUCUGAGAAGCAGCUUGCUGUGCUGACUGGCUUCUCGUGCCUCACCAACCAGGGCUACCCCGUCAUCUCAAGCUACUGGAAGGUGAUCCCUCGCCUGCAGCCCUCGGCUCUGUCACGUUACGUGGACUGGUUAAAAAACAUGUUCACCAGCCCUGACCUCGAUACUUGCUUAGACUUCAGCACCAAGCGGCAGAAGCUGAACCCAGAGGCCAAAGACCCAGUGCAGCAUUCGGUGCUGAGGCUGCGCAAGUGGAUUGUCGCCCGGCUGACGUCCAUUGUGGAGAAGGAAAGAAAGAAAGAGGAAGAUCUGGUCAUGGACAUCGCUAGGUUUAUUUUUUUCCAUGCUUUCUGCGAGACAAAACAAUCCACACCCGACAUCCCCGAGACCGAGGCUUCGCUCUCUGUCCCCCUGGACACGGCCACACGGGACCUGGUCGCAACUUCCUUCUUCGGGCUCCUGCACUGUCUGAACUGCCUGCCGCGGCUGGGUGACACCGGGGUGCCGGGCAGUGUGAAGGAGAAGCACAUUCAGGGCAUGACCGCGGAUGGCAACCUGUGGAUCUACUGCGUGGUGCGCUACGUCAAUGCACUGCUUUUCCAGAAGAAGUGCGUCCAAUUCGUGCAGCCCUUCACAAAGACGGAGAGAGCAGCCUGGGACAGAAUGCUGCAGGCAGUGGAGGAUCUGCAGACAAAAGCCACAAAGGCCACCAGCCUGAAGACAUCGGCCUUUCAGCUGCUCUUCCUGCUCGUCGGGAUUCAUCUGUUCAAGAACAGCGAGGAUUGCCUGGAGCUGAUGGGAGACCUGCACAAUUGUCUGGGCAAAGCUCUGGAGAACAAGAAGAAGCAAACCAAGGUGGCCACAGACGAGGAGGAGCCCGAUUGGGUGGAGAUGGUGAUCGAGAUCUUGCUGUCCCUCCUGUCCCAGCAGAGCCGCUUGAUGCGGCAUGUGUCAAAGAUGGUGUUUGCUCGUAUCUGCCCCCACCUCACCAAGCGAGGCCUGCAGCUGAUCCUGGCCGUCCUCACUGAAGAUGAAGACGAUGAGGAGAGUGCCGUGGUGGUGACCGACGACAGUGAGGAUAAGAAGAGAAAGCAGUUGGCUGGGGACCAGAACGAGGAGUUGAUCGACGGAGAUGACUCGUCGUCUGAGGAGGAAGAGGAGGAUGCUGAUGCUGACGAAGAGGAGGAUGAGAGUGAAGACAAUGAUGAGGAGGAAGAUGUGGAUGAUGCCUUCCGCAUGGAGCUGAUGAAAGUUUUGCAGGGCGGAAAGACAGUGAGCGGCGACGGAGAGGAGAGCAGCGACGAUGACCUGGAUGACGAAGCAAUGAUGACCAUGGACAAGAACAUUGCCUCGCUCUUCGCAGAGCACCAGAAGCACGUCCAGGCCAAAAAAGACGCCAAGGAGAAGAUGAGGAAAGAACAGAUCCUCCGUAGAGAUUUUAAGAUAAAGGUGCUCGACCUCAUUGAGGUGUUGAUAACAAAACAGCCGGAAAAUCCACUAAUCUUUGACAUCAUGGAGCCCAUGUUGGCCAUUCUAGAAGGAACCAUGCGUUCCCACAAUGAUGAGCAGGAACAGACCUUCCUCCGUAAAACUGCUUUCAUCUUUAGAAACCAGCUGUGUAAAGCCAAGCGUUACUGUCACAGCGGGUGGGAGAUGAGGGAGGAUCUACACGAGUUGAUGGAGCGGCUGGUGACGAGAGCCUGCAAACAGGCCGACUCCUCCGUGGCACACUACCACUUCAGUGGGGCUCUUUACAUCUUCCGAGUGCUGAAAGGAAACGCCAUCGACCCCAUGGCGGCAGCUCAAAACAGCAAGAAGGAGGAAGGGGGUGCAGACCCCCAAAGUGGGCAGUUGGACGGUAUCGGGAGCCUGGAUCUGGCCCGAACGACCGUCAUCUUUAAGGAGGCGCUGACGGCGUUUAUGACUAGACGCAAGUGUUCUGUCACUGGCCCUAUGUUACUCGAUCUCAUCAGUCGCUUCCCUGUGAUGUGUUCCAGCCUGUUGAGGCCAACAAUUAAGUACAUCACUGAUGGAGUUCGACAGCAUCAGCAGGGUCAGGCCAGCUGCCUCGUGCUCAAAUCCCUCCUCACCCGGGAGCUGAGGCACUCCAUGACAGACAGCGAGUGGGAGGAGAUCAUCGGGCUGGCAAUCAAACAGGUUACCCAGUCUUUGAAGAAUGUGUCUGAAUUCAAGGUCAAAGUGGAUCAGGAGAAGGUUAUUGCAUGUCUGGAGCUGACCAGUUUCUUGAUCAAAAUCGUGAAACAGCAGAAACUGAAUGCCACGUUGACCGAGCUGGUGCCAGUAGUAGAGUCGCUGAAAGGACUGGAGGGGUUUGACAAGUCUUCACAGCUGGACGACACGUACUGGAACACAAUGAAACUCCUCGGGUUUGAGCGGCCCAAGAAGGAGCCAGCAGUCAGAGUGAAGAAGGAAACUCCGCAGUCAGCUGUGGGAACCAAGAAAAAGAAGAAGGGAUUUCUCCCAGAAACCAAGAAACGGAAAAACCGGAAUAAGCAGCAAGCUGCGUCCGAGGAGAACAGCAAAGAAACCCAGGAGAAAGGGCUGGAGCCGGGGGCUGGAGGGGCUGCGAAGCCCAGGAAAAAGAAGAUGAAAAGGAAGAAGAUGAAGAGCACAGGAGGAGGCGAUGCCGAGAGAGCAGCUCAGGAACCGGCGCCUAAAAAGGGAAGAGCGGAGGGGCCGCUGCAAGCCGUUCGGACUGACAGAGUGGUGGGCAACAAGCCCAAAGCCAAGCCAAAGAGAGCGCAGAACAUGGCCACGUGAGUCUGACUGACUGACUGAGCCACUGAGAGAAUCGGGUAGGGGUUAGGGGGGUGUAUAGAUAUAUAUAAUAUAUAUAUUUUUUCUUGGGGGUUUGCACCCCCUCCAAACAUGUCCUUACUGUUCCAAGACUGAGUUCCAGCCGUAUGUUGGAAGGUCGGAGUCGUCGGUAAGUGGUACCCUCCUGCUGCUCGAGCACCCCCUUCCUCUCUUUUGCUCCUUCUCCCCUCACCUCGCCCGCCUGGCAAUAAAAUCUUUUUAUUAAAU